UUUACAGCCUCACGCUUCCAACGACUCUUGUCAUCAACCUUAGCACCACUAAUCCGGCGCUCCAACCAGACCCGAUAUCUAAUUACACUACCACUCCUGCAGCCGGAAGCACGCCAACCAACCAAAAUUUCCUGGUCUUCUCCACAAAAUGAUGGAUCGUAUCCCAUCAUUGUCGCUAUCAGGCAUAUCGCUCGCGCAUCCGCUUUCGUUAUCCACAACUGGACAGCAACUACAAAAUCAUCUCAACUCCGCAUCGGCGGUCACCUCGUCAACUAGCACAGGUGGACACCAUCAUCACCAGCAUCAUCAUCAUCACCAUUUGGGUCAAUUAGCCGCUGCUGUUCAUCAGCAACAACAACAGCAAUUGCAACAGCAGCAACAGCAUCAUCAUCAACAGGCCCAUUUGCAAGCACACCACAACAGUCACCAUUUAAGUCAUCAUCAAUUGUCGUUGAAUUCAGCGUCCUCGACCAGCCACUCACCCACAUCCAGCAGCUCAGCAUCCGCGUCGCUUCACCAUCACCACAGUUCGCUACUGGCAGCCGCCUCGCAUCCAGUAUCGCACUCAGGCAUUCAUUCGUCGCCAACAGCGCUAUCGCAUCACACACACGGCGGCAAUAGCAUCCACCCGGCGUCAUCGUCCACAUCAUUGUCGCUGCAUCAGUCAGCUUCAACUUCGUCGUCGGCUGGUUCAGCUGGAUCUGGCAGCUCCGUGGCAUCAGGUUGUGGGGUCGGUGUUUCGAGCUCAUCGGCGCAUCAACUGCAACACCACAACUCUUCAGCAUUGCACAGCCAGCAUCAGCAUUCGCUACACCACACCACACAUCUUCACGGUCACGGGCAUAUAAACCCGCACAACACAACCGCCUCUUCAUCUGUUAACGCAACGAAUUCACCAAAUACCGCAUCCGUGAUGGCCGCCGCCGCAGCAGCGCAUCUGCAUCACAACUCACAGGCUACAUCGCCGAUGUCAAAUCUGCAUCAAAACAUGGGUGGCCUGAUGAAUAGCGGCAGCAGUGCCAGGUAAUUACGCCAUCCACAUAUAUUUGUUAAUCUAUGCAAAACUGCCUACCUAUCUAUUCAUUCGUAAAAAAACCUCGAUCUUUAUUGACAUUUGACGAGCCGCGUUAAUUGAAAUUCUCUCCAUUAUUCUCUAUUGAUGGUCGAGUGUUUAAGGCAUCAAACAAAAACUACGAAUUAUUACCCGUACUAUUGAUUUAAAAUAAAAAUUAUACGUGCUUGUAUUGGGGUAAAUCAUAUGAAUUUUAAUAAAUACCAAACCCCGUGGA